UGUUGAUUAGAGCAUAACCAGAGUGACACGUUGAACUCGCCACAAUCAAGGAAACCUUUUCCGGGUGGGGACCUCUGCAAUCACUCAGUGAGCAACCCUAAUUAACCUGAUUUUUUGCUGAUAAUCACUCUCAAUGGAAUCAAAUCACAAAUCCGGGGACGGAUUGAGCGGCACCCAGAAGGAAGCAGCCCUCCGCGCCCUGGUCCAGCGCACAGGAUAUAGCUUGGUCCAGGAAAAUGGACAGAGGAAAUAUGGCGGCCCUCCACCGGGCUGGGAUGCAGCACCUCCAGAAAGAGGCUGUGAAAUUUUUAUUGGAAAACUUCCCCGAGACCUUUUUGAGGAUGAACUUAUACCAUUAUGUGAAAAAAUUGGUAAAAUUUAUGAAAUGAGGAUGAUGAUGGAUUUUAAUGGCAACAAUAGAGGGUAUGCCUUUGUAACUUUCUCCAAUAAACAGGAAGCCAAGGAUGCAAUCAAGCAACUUAACAACUACGAAAUUAGAAAUGGGCGUCUCUUAGGGGUGUGCGCCAGUGUGGACAACUGCCGAUUGUUUGUGGGGGGAAUCCCGAAGACCAAGAAGAGAGAAGAAAUCUUAGCAGAGAUGAAAAAGGUCACCGAAGGAGUUGUCGACGUGAUCGUGUACCCGAGCGCUGCCGACAAAACCAGAAACCGAGGCUUCGCCUUUGUGGAGUAUGAGAGUCAUCGGACAGCUGCCAUGGCACGAAGGAAGUUGCUGCCAGGAAGAAUUCAGUUAUGGGGACAUCCUAUCGCAGUAGACUGGGCGGAGCCCGAGGUGGAGGUGGACGAGGACACGAUGUCUUCCGUGAAAAUCCUGUACGUGAGAAACCUGAUGCUGUCUACCUCUGAAGAGAUGAUUGAGAAAGAAUUCAACAAUAUUAAACCAGGUGCUGUGGAGAGGGUAAAGAAGAUUCGAGACUAUGCUUUUGUGCACUUCAGUAAUCGAGAAGAUGCAGUAGAGGCUAUGAAGGCUUUAAAUGGGAAGGUGCUGGAUGGUUCCCCCAUUGAAGUGACGCUAGCCAAACCAGUGGAUAAAGACAGUUAUGUUAGGUACACCCGAGGCACGGGUGGAAGAGGCACCAUGCUGCAAGGAGAGUACACCUACUCUCUGGGCCAUGUUUAUGAUCCCACCACAACCUACCUUGGAGCUCCUGUCUUCUAUGCUCCUCAGGCCUAUGCAGCAAUCCCUGGCCUUCAUUUUCCAGCCACCAAAGGACACCUUGGCAACAGGGCCAUUAUCCGAGCCCCUUCUGUUAGAGAAAUUUACAUGAAUGUACCUGUAGGGGCCGCGGGAGUGAGAGGACUGGCCGGCCGGGGCUAUUUGGCCUAUACAGGCCUGGGUCGUGGAUACCAGGUCAAGGGAGACAAGAGAGAAGACAAACUCUAUGACAUGUUACCUGGAAUGGAGCUCACCCCAAUGAAUCCUGUCACUUUAAAACCUCAAGGAAUUAAACUUGCUCCCCAGAUAUUAGAAGAAGUUUGUCAGAAAAACAACUGGGGACAACCAGUGUAUCAGCUGCACUCGGCCAUUGGACAAGAUCAAAGACAACUUUUUUUAUACAAAAUAACCAUUCCUGCCCUGGCCAGCCAGAAUCCUGCAAUCCACCCCUUCACACCUCCGAAGCUCAGUGCUUACGUGGAUGAAGCAAGGACCUAUGCGGCCGAGUACACCCUGCAGACGCUGGGCAUUCCGACCGAGGCGGCCGAUGCCCCUACCGCGGCAGCUGCCGCCACCGCCUUCCCAGGAUACGCUGUCCCCAGUGCAACGGCGCCCGUGUCCGCAGCCCAGCUCAAGCAAGCGGUGACCCUUGGACAGGACUUGGCAGCAUAUACUACGUAUGAGGUCUACCCCACUUUUGCAGUGACUGCCCGAGGGGAUGGAUAUGGAACCUUCUGAAGAUAGCUUUAAGUUAAGAAACACACAGAACUCUAUCCAGAAGAAAUAAACCUCUCGCUCAGUUUCCUUAUAUGAUCACAAGUCCUACUUUUCCUAAAGAGAUGCCUUUCUGGAGACUGCUCAGCUUACGCUAAUGGUAGAAUCAAGACAUGAGGACAUGUUCCUGGUAAUAUCAAGUAUCAAGAAGCCUCUUGUCCACCAGAAAGCUUAAGAGCCAUUGUCCCCAAAAGUUGGUUCUCCAAGGUUCCUGAGGGUCUUGGGCGUGUGUUUAUGCUCCCUGACGACGUGGAGAGAGGGCUUUUAACCAGCAAGUGUUCGGGGGCUGAGCCGACCUGGCCAGUCAGGAGCAACAAGGGGAGGCAAGCAAACUCCAGAGCCUUAACCCCAGCUCACAGCCGCUUCUGUGAUACACAAAGUCAUGACCAGGCAGCGGGAGGGUGAGAGGGGAUGAUUUUGUAGAAAUGUUUUCCCUGUUGGGUACCACAUGGGGUAUGUUCUCAGGCCCGAGUCUGUGAAAGACAGCCCAAGGUUUGAUGGGGCCAGCAUCACUUCCAUCUGAAAAUGACCCAUCAAUCUGCCGUGGGUGUCCAUCUCCCUGCCCUUUCCAGCUCCUGGGGACCCCUUGGAAAUCCAUGUGAUGUGUUGCAGAUAAAGGAUAAAAUUAGUCCAGACCCAGUGUUUAUUAAACUCAUCAGCCCACACCUCUCCUUCCCUGGACCACACCCCCCCAUCCUUCUGAAGCAUCUCCCAACACAGUAAGCACCCUGACUUAAAAUGGACUCUUCUCCCUUUAAACAUUUUGACUUUGUCCACUUGGAUUUAUUUUCACAUGAGUCUCAUUUUGAUCAUGUCAAAUACCAUAAAAAUGUACACCCAACCUAUAGGAAUAUCACUUAGACUGCUUUUUCCUAUUCCGCAAAUGGGCUGAAAAGUCAUUUCAAGGAAAGAAGUGAAGGUUUACUCUUAUUUCUUUGGUGUUUUUGCAAUACCUGGACCACCAUCCAGCAUUCAGAGACAGUUAUCGUAAUGUGGGGUUGGCCUUGGAUUGUCUAACCCACUUACAGUCAGUCUGCCAAGAAGUCUACCUUCCUUUCCUUCCACUUUCCACAAGUAUCAGACGGCUUUACCAUAUUUGAGACUUUUGGUCUUGAAAUGGACAUGGAAAACCUUACAGACACACACCCUACGACUGAUUAGAAGUGGAUUCUUAGACACCAGCAAGGGUAUUUGUGACCCAACUUCUCUAGGGCUUUAGGCCUCUCUCCAGGAAUAUCUCAUGGGGAUUCCAGAGCUACAAAAACAGGGAGAGAGGGAACAGAAGGCACUACUUUCUUGCCAUACUUGUAAAUGACCACUUUUGGCUCAAAAUUAGAAAUAAUUGAGGUCUGAACUCCAAAUACCUAUCACCACUGCUUCUGUCUCUUUAGUGGCUUAAGACAUACAGCACCAGAAUUUCCAGUUUAAAAAAAAAAAAAAAAUCCCUGUGCCCUGGUACAAUUUUAUAGGACUCGAAGGAAAACAUAAACCCAAAGACAGAAAAAUUUGUCAACUCUUGAACAGAAUCCUGUGAUCCAACAUCAGCCCAGAUUCCAGUCAAAAUCAGCUAAGUUCAGUAACAAUGAAAAGUUCCUAUAACCUUUCAGUUCUGUUAACUCCAAUCAGACAUCAAAGACCUCAAGGCUAUAGCUCACACUCUGAAAGGCUUGGUGCUUUUGGCUUUACAUGUUCCUCAUAGUCCACAGACCAGUGGUUUCCAAACUUGGCUGCACGUUAGGAACACCUGAAGUGUCUUUCAGACCACCAAUGCCAAAAUGGCACCCAAUCCCCAUUACAUGAGAAUAUCAUGGGGCAGGAGCCUGGCCCCCGCAUUUAAAGAUCUUAGAUGAUUUCAAUGUGUAGCUAACUUUGGGAAUAGCUAUAGUCUUUCUAUUUCAAUGCUCUCCUCCUAAUAUUUUCUUGAUUUAUUUCACUUGCAUUAAAUAGAAAAAUGCAAAAAAAAAUUGUCCAAGUUAAAACAGAUAGCCAAAUCAUAUUUUUAUAAAUAUUCAUCUCAUUAAAAGUAGGAAUUUGAAUGUAACUUCAAACUAACUCUUGGCCCAAACUAAUUCUAAAAAUGAGAAAGUAAAAAAUUCCUCCAUCAGCAAUUCUUAAGGUCCAAAUCAACGUUCCCCUACAGACCUGCUUUUAUACUCAAAGAGUAAUGACAUUGGGGCAGGCAAGUUCCUGCUUAGUCCAAAAAAGCAUUCCAAAUUCCAAGAGCAAAAGUUUUCAUGUUCUUUAAAAUCUUUGAAAAUAGAAAACAGUGCUCUGAAUGUCUAGCCAAUGCCAAAGGGAAGGUCUGAUCCAGAAGAGUUUUAAAUGUAAUCAGAAUGAAUAGUUAGUUAAUUCAGGAAUGUUUUAUGAGAAAAAUCUUUAUUCCAGAUUAAAUUAUUAUGAUUUUUUUAAAAGACUCAGAACAGAAACCUAAAUAUACAAAAACUGGCAAAGUGUCAAGAAAAUUGCCCCCAGAACACCAUCUCAUUUCUUGCCUAGGGAAACACAAGUAUUUGUACAUUUACUUCCUAAGGACUGAUUUUAUUCAAGUGAGUAGAUGUGGUUUCACUCUAUUAAAAUCUAGAGAAUACUUUGAAUUCCACUAGAACAUAUUCAUAGAAAGUAUCAAUGUGUCUACUGUGCCAUCUGUAUUUACUUUGCCCAGAUUAAGUACUGUAGGGCAACUACACAGCUCUACAACUCAGGAUACAGCUAUACUGAGUGUGAAACUUUUAAAAAAAAAAAAUGGGAUUUUAAAAAAUCAUGUGUAAAACUGAAGGUUUAUUUUGCAUAAUGUUUAUAUUUUUAGACUUCGGGAAAUUAGCACCUACUUAUGACCUAUUAUAUCUUGUGCAUCAACCUCUA